UGAAGAUCUUGUCAACUUCUCUCCUAAAUCCCACAGGCAGUAAACCGCUCGUCUGAAGAUUAAACCAAGUACACUCAGCCCCGGAGCAUUGCCCCUGUAGAUGCCUCUCAGUCUUUGCAAAUGGCUUGCUGCUUGAAGGACGAGCUCCUCUGUUCCAUCUGCCUCAGUAUCUACCAGGACCCCGUCAGCUUUGGCUGCGAGCACUACUUCUGCAGAAAUUGCAUCACCGAGCACUGGAGCAGACAGGAGCUUCACGGAGCGCGGGACUGUCCUGAGUGCCGGAGGACCUUCACCGAUCCCCACCUCUCGCCGAGUCUCAAGUUGUCCAACAUUGUGGAGCGCUACUCGGCCUUCCCGCUAGACGCCAUCCUCAACGCUCAGAGGAGCUGCUACCCCUGCAAGGACCACGAGAAGGUCAAACUCUUCUGCCUCACCGACAAAAGUCUGGUGUGCUUCUUCUGCGACGAGCCGGCGCUACACGAGCAGCACCAAGUAACAACUAUCGACGAGGCUUACGAGGAGAUACAGAGGGAGAUGAAGGAGCAGCUGGCCACCCUGCAAGACAGUGAGAAGGGACACACUGAGGCCCUCCAACUCCUGCAAAGACAACUUACUGAGACCAAGUCCUCAGCCAAGAGUCUGCGCGCAACCAUCGGCGACGCAUUUGAGCGUCUUCACCGCUUCCUGCGCGAGCGCCAGAAGAGCAUGCUGGAGGAGCUGGAGAUGGACACGGCCCGCAAGCUGGCCGACAUCGAGCACAAGAUCCAGCGCUACAGCCAGCAGCUGCGCGACGUCAAGGAGGGCAUCCAGAUCCUGCAGGAGCGCCUCAACGAGACGGGAAAGCACGACUUCCUGGAGGGGAUAGCCGUCACAUCUGAGAGGAUUAAAGGGAAGAUACAUGAGACCAAUCUGACGUAUGAAGACUUCCCGACAUCCAAGUACAUGGGGCCCUUACAGUACUCUAUAUGGAAGUCUCUCUUCCAGGAUAUCUCACCAGUGCCAGCAGCGUUGACCCUCGACCCCAUCACCGCUCAUCAAAGACUGAUCCUCUCAGACGACUGUACCAUCGUGGCCUACGGGAACCUCCACCCGCAACCCCUCCAGGACUCCCCGCGCCGCUUUGACGUGGAGGUUUCUGUUCUGGGCGCCGAAGGAUUUGUGUCGGGCGUCCAUUACUGGGAGGUGAUGGUGUCGGAGAAGACCCAGUGGAUGAUCGGUGUGGCCCACGAGACAGUCAGCCGCAAGGGCAGCAUCCAGAUCCAGCCCAGCCGCGGCUUCUACUGCAUCGUUAUGCACGACGGCAACCAGUACAGCGCCUGCACCGAGCCGUGGACCCGCCUCAAUGUGAAGAGUAAGCUGGAGAAAGUGGGGGUGUACCUAGACUACCACAAAGGCCUGCUGAUCUUCUACAAUGCAGACGACAUGUCCUGGCUCUACACCUACCGGGAGAAAUUCCCCGCCAAAGUCUUCCCCUACUUCAGCCCGGGCCAGAGCCACGCCAACGGCAAGAACGUGCAGCCGCUGCGAAUCAACACCGUACGCCUCUAAGAGACGCGUCGCACGCCGAUGGUCGGAAAAAUGGUCCUGAAAAGAUAAUCCGCAGGACUUCUGUAGGUUUCAAAGGAUUUUCCCGAAAUCGAUUUAAAAGAGAAAAAAAAGAGUGUGAGAUGUUCAGAAUUGUGCUUGAUGUUGCUCUUCAAACCUGCGCUGUUACUUUUGUGCGACUUUAAACGCCCCUACGAUAAUGGCCUGCACCUGAGCUUCAUUCCACAUCUUUAAUUGAAAAGAGGACAUUAAGUGGAGACGGAGGGGCCCCUGGGCUCUGCUGGUGUCUGUGGCAGUGAUGUAAAAAAAAAAAAAAAGAAGAAGCGAUUCCCCCUCUUAAAGCCCCAGGCCUACCUUGCACACACCCAGGGGACAUUGCUCUCCUUGUCAAGCUCCAGACUCGUCCAACUUGGCGUCUCUCUCUCUCCAGGCAAGAGGACAUUGAAGUGGGGUCACUCUUAUUCUCCGUGCUGUCCAGUUGCCUGAGCUUUGUGUGUGAAAUGUGUUUGACAGCACUGGGCUUUAGUCGGGCCCAGCAGUAGACCUUGAACUCAAGGUCGUUUGGCACUUUUUACUCCCGUCUGAGACGAUGACCGUGGAUCCUCAUGUGGGUCACAUCCAAAUGUGUCUGUGAGUCUUUAUCAUGGUAAGAUAAGCUGCUGUUCUAUGUGCAGCAGCAUUCAUCCACUUCUCCUGGAACAAAUGCAAUAAAAAGUGGUUCAGCUGCCCGUCCCCAUCCACCGCCCAGCCCGACCUAUGUGUCGAAGUCUGUUUGAAGGUUGUCCAGAAAUAUGCUGCUCCUGAUGGAGUAAGGAUUUGCAUGUUUCAAUAUAAAGUAGCAAGGGUUACAAGAAAACAGUCUCUCAUCAUGCCGGCUCAUGUUAAACCUCCAGUCUGCUCGCCAUCACGACUAUAGCUGUGGGUUUUUCAGUGUUGAAUUCAAAUACAUGGCUUCUCUCUCAGUUUCAUCAUUUUGUCUUACAAUGUAAAGAACGUUAAAUCACGCUGUCCGAGUCGAUAGUCCCGUGGGUUGGAGACAUCGAUAGAUGUUCUAUCCGUAUCCCUGGGCUAAGAUUUGACCCUGGGAUAACCUUGCUGCUUUUCACACGCACAUUGUUAACCCAGAGUUAACCUAAGCCCAGGGCUAUACGGUCCAUACUACACUUCUACUAGCCCUGGGUUAAACGGCCGUUGGAAGAAUGACAUGACCACUCCGAUUGGACAACAGAAACAUGACGCAAAUCCCUUUGUUUACGCUUGCCAUGUUUCACACGGGCAAAUUGUAGUACUUUUUGUUUAGUGGAUUCUCCGGCGAUAACGCCACAAACUGGAGUUUGACCCUACUCCGGAGAGGAGCCCUCGGCUAAAGUCGGGGUUAGCUCUCUGUGGAAUGUGCCGGUGUGAAAGCUCCCUCGGCCCCAGGCUACGGGCAGUGUGAAAAGCCCUAUUGUUGUAAAAGCUUAAUGUCUCAGAUUUAAAAAAAUCUAAACGGUUGGAGAAGAUUUAAUACUCAAAAAAUCGACAAAGUCCGACUGAUCUCUCGUAUUUGAAAUCAUAAAAUAAUAAAGAAAAUCAAGCUUUUUGUUUUGUGAAAUGGAAAUUAUCAAGGAAAAUGUUGAUGGAUGGAUUCUGGUGCUAAAUAUGCUAUUUGUGUGCAACUGGCAUUUCCAAGGCCACUGCUUUCUGAAUCUCUGACAAUUCCCCUGAGGCUGACUCAUGUUUAUUUCUUCACCUCAAGUGCUCCUGUUCAUCAUUAGUUGUGUUCGAGGCUCUGAAGCUCUGCUCGCUCAGCCAAGUCCAGCAGAUUGAGAGAUGUGUCUGUGGACAUGUGCACGGGUAGGUGUGUGCGGCCCGGGAUUGGCUAUAAUCUAUUGAAUCCAGAAUAAUGAUGCUUGCUGAAGCCCAUCUGGUCCUCCGAGCAAACCCACGCAGCAACCCAAAGUGAUUAUUACAAAUUACUUUGCAAUCAGGUUGAACGGAAAUCUCCAAAUCACCUCACUCUUCCUUUGCCGCUGUACAUCUUUGCAUUUGUGUGUGUGUGUGUUUGUGUGUGUGUUGUCCGUGUUGUCCAUGUAAAAGAAAAUUGGGGCCGUGCCCUUGUUUUUGUAGGAUGCGUUUCCGAUGUGUGCAGUAUGACGCAAACUCUGGUCAAAUGGGAAGCAUCUGCUAAUUCCUCUCGGUAUUUGUUUGAACUUAAUUUUACACAAAUCUGCAGCAGCCGGUUUCAAGAAGCAUUUCUACAGGUCUUUUCCUCUGGGAUUUACUCAGAAAAUGCAUCCAGAAACCUGAUUUAUGGUAUUUAUGUGUGAUAAUAAUUACCAGAAGGUUUAGACAAUGAGGAAAGAUUAAAUUGUACUUUUCUCUGAUUGAGACUCUAUUGUCUGAGAAAUAAAUCCCAGCUAGCUGGUGCUUCAAAAUAAAUGCUUACAUUUGACCCCAGUUUGCUGUGGCUUAAGUAGCCUCUGCCUCAUUAAAGACUUUCUGUUUGAAUAUAAGAAGGAGAUUAUUGUCAGCUGGUGUCGGGUUACUGGUGGUGGUAAUGACUUGAAUUGUUAAAAUGAUGUAUGAUGAUAACUAUGACACUUUUAAUGAUUAUAAUGAUGAUUGUGUCCUUUGAUGAUGGCCGCUGUGCACCCAUCAUUGGGUGAGCACACCUCAGUGUGCUGCAGCUGAGGUUUGUGGGUAAAGUUUUAAUGGACAAUAAAUUACUGCUAAAAUCA